AUGCGCUGUGCUGCUGGGGUGGCCUCUGCACAAAGGGGAGCCAAGAGCCAUGCCUGCCCAGGCCGCGAGGGGGAGGGCAUGGAUGCCUUGCUGCUUUGUGGAAUAAUUUACUGGCUGUUCGGUGGGGCCAUCAGAAAUCUCGGAGGCCCAGCACACGUAACUCAGUGGCUUCAGCCUCUCCAGGAGCAGAAAUACACGGGGAUGUUUGCAAUGACCGAGAGGGGCCACGGGAGCAACGUCAGAGGGAUCCAGACUGAAGCCACCUUUGACUUCUCUGCACAGGAAUUUGUCAUUGACACACCGUGUGAAAAUGCUGAGAAGAUGUACAUUGGAAAUGCGAUGUACGGGAAUUACGCAGCAGUCUUUGCCCAGCUCAUCAUAAACGGAAGAUCUCAAGGGCCCCACUGCUUCAUCGUUCCUGUCCGAGAUGAAAAUGGAAGCUUGUACCCAGGAGUGACGGUUGUUGAUAUGAUGCAUAAAGAAGGUCUGCAUGGUGUGGAUAACGGGAUUCUGAGAUUUGACAAUGUUCGGAUACCGAGGGAGAACCUGCUGGAUAAGUUCGGUUCCGUGGCUCCAGAUGGGCAGUACCACUCCCCCAUUAAGGACAAGAGUGCGAGAUUCAAUGCGAUGCUGGCGGCGCUGACCCCUUCCAGACUCGCUGUGACUUUCCAAGCCAUGGGCUCUAUGAAGCUUGGGCUGACGAUAGCCAUUCGCUAUAGCCACAGCCGGAGGCAGUUUGGACCCAAAGCCAGGGAAGAGGUCAAGAUUAUUGAGCACCAAACGCAGACCCUGCGGCUGAUGCCUCAUCUGGCCACUGCCUUGGCCCUGACCUUCGCUGGCAGGUAUGCCAGCACCCUUCUGGAUGAGGACAUCUUCCGUGGGAAGGAGCUUGUCAGCAGUCGCACACUGCAGGCGCUGGUGGCAGGGCUGAAGGCCUACAGCACCUGGGAGAACGUCAGCUGCCUGCAGGACUGUCGUGAAUGCACUGGAGGCAUGGGUUACAUGAUGGAAAAUCAAAUCUCAGGCUUAAAAUGCGACACAGAUGUGUUUGUCACUUUUGAAGGUGACAAUGUCGUCAUGCUGCAGGUUGUGGUUCGGGAACUGCUGGCUCAGUACACCAAGCAGUGUGAAGAAAGACCGGUCUCCAGCGUGCUCCGAAACUGGGUGGAAUCAGGGAGUGACAGGCUGAGAACCAGUUUCCUGGCAUUUAACAUGGACACAGUUGGUAACCUCACCUUUCUGUUGAAAGCAGUGCAUUUUCGUGAAAGGACUCUUCAGCGGGGUUUGGUGGCCCGAAUUUAUUAUAAGGUGAUGACCGAGAAGGAGGACUUUUUCAGUGCCUGGAACUCAUGUCUUCACCACAUCACCUGCUUGUCUCUGGCACAUAUUCACCGAGUUACUUUAGAGCAGUUCUGCCUGGCUGUAAGGAACUGUCCUGACCAGGAGGACCAGGCUUUGUUAAAGAAGAUGAGCAGAUUCACAGAAAACCUGCCACCUUGGCCACAGCAGAGCCACACAGGAGGUAAGACCAAUGACGCCACGGGUGCCGUGCUGCGGCUGCUGCGUGGGAUCCCUCUCGGCUUACUAUCGCGCGUGAGCCGCAGCCCCGCGCCUGAGCUCAUGCAGCAGCUGGACCCUCCUCCCGUCUCUGCUCGCCUCAGCCGGCCUGUUCCCUCCGUGUGGCUGGCCGAGGGAGCAGCGUCCGGGUUGGGGAAUGGCUCACUGCCCUUCGAGGGGCCUUCUCUCUGCCUCUGUGCUGUGGAGGAGGCCUCCACUCCUGCAGCGCUCACCACGGCAGCCCCAGCGUCAGGCAGGGGCUUUGCAGGGGACCGUCCCCGGCUCACAGGCGGCUGGCAGCGGCAGUUGGAGCCUGUCAAGUGGGCGAGGUGGCAGCUGGUCUAA